CGACGUAGACACUUAAUUUAUUUUUAUUUUUUUAUUAUUUAUUUUUCUGACUCAUAUUUAAUUCUUUCUAACUGGAACUUAAAAAACUUGCUCCAAUGGCUCCAAUUUUUUUCCACCGUUGAAAAUGGCCAAACCACUCACAACCCCAACAGCACCAACAAUAGUAGGUGGAAGAGGCAGAGAUGAAGUGUACGUAGCAGCGGUGCCUCUGAGGGCCACCAAAGGCCCUGCUCAGCUGCUUAGGUCUGCUGCUUACUCUCUCAAUCUCUGGGAUUUCCAGCAUUUCAUGGUCAUCAUUAAACCCCAAAUACCACCAUCUCCGUCUCAGGCUCUGGUUUAUGAUUUUCAACCUAAAGAUCCUGAAAACUUAUAUGCAGCACUUGCAGUAAUAUCUAAUAAAGCAAUACCAGGAGCUGUUCUGAGUAGGAAGUUAUCUAAAUUGCCAAGAUCCAAAUGCUGGUUUGUUGGGUCUUCCAAAGGGAAUGCUGUAGAUAUGGCAUGUGAAUUCAACAAAAAUUGGGAAAGUAAUUUGUGGGUUGGCCAUCAUGACUGUCGGGACUAUACAAAUGGUUUGGUUGAGUCGUUAACUGGAGAAAAAUAUGUGUUGGAGCGCUUGAGGACAAGCAUGGGUAGUCUGAGGUAACGCAUCAGCUUAGUCUUCUAGCUAGCUGACAGCUAAAUGCUAUCGGGUCUCUUGUUUCCUCAAUCGUUUAGGCAUUUGCAUAUAAUUUUGUUUUAAAUUAGUCCUUGGAUUUAUGAACUUUUAGCAGAAAAGUUAAUUGUUUCACAUGGUGAUGCAAAUGUUUGUUACACUAUUAUCCACUUAAACUGUAGAUAUAUCAUGUCUUUUUCCUCA